AUGCGCACUCGCCCGCUGCUGCUGGUGGCCCUGUUGAGCGCCGCCGGCGCGUCCGAGGCGGCCAACAUCCUGUGCCUGGUCUACUUCGUGGCGCCCAGCCACUUCGUCAUGUUCGAGCGGCUGUUCAAAGCUCUGGCGGCGCGGGGCCACAACGUCACCGUGGUCAGCCACUUCCCGCAGAAGACGCCCGUCGCCAACUACACCGACAUCAGCAUCCUCGGAAGCAUUCCCUUCUUCGCAGACGAGGUGACGAUGGACCUGGUGGGCGAGUACCAGUCUCUCUCGCUGGCCGUCCUCAACUGGCAGGAGAACAGCGACUUCUGCUCGCGCGUGCUGGCGCUGCCGCAGCUGCGCGCCCUGCGGGACACACCCGCCCACUACGACCUGGUCAUCGCCGAGAUCUUCCACGGCGACUGCCUCGUGCCCUUCGCCCACGUGUUCCAAGCGCCGCUCGUCGGCAUCGUCUCCAGCGUCGCCUUCCCCUGGGUCUACGACAGGGCGAGUGCAACGCACUGUGCGCCCGCGCUGAGACGUGCCGCGGUUUCUGCAGAGCAGGUGGGGAACCCCGACCACCCGGCGUACAGCGAGUGCUACUACGCGGCGAUGACGGCGCCCUUCUCGUUCCUGGAGCGGCUGGAGAACGCGGCGUGGCACGUGGCGCUGCGCCUCGGCGACUGGUGGUUCUCGCAGCGGCCCAUCGACGCCCUGGCGCGCGACUUCUUCGGGCCGGACGCGCCGGCCGCCAGCAGUGUGGCGCGCGGCUCCAGCCUUGUGCUGGUCAACAGCCACCACAGCGUGAACGAGCCGCGGCCCACCGUGCCCGCCAUCGUCGAGGUGGGCGGCCUCCACAUCAAGGAGGUUCAGCCUCUGCCGGAGGAGCUGCAGCGGUUCCUGGACGACAGCCCGCAGGGGGUGGUGUUCUUCAGCCUGGGCACCAUGGUGCGCUGCGACACGUUCUCGCCGGACAAGAUGGCCGCGCUGCUGGCCGUGUUCUCGGCGCUGCCGCAGCGCGUGCUGUGGAGGGUGGACCCCGCCAAGCUGCCGCCGCUCCCGGCCAACGUGCUCGCGCGCAAGUGGAUGCCGCAGAACGACGUGCUCAAUCAUCGAAACGUGCGGCUGUUCAUAACGCACUCUGGCCUGAUGGGGACCCAAGAGGCGCUGUGGGCAGGCGUGCCCAUGCUGUGCAUGCCCAUGUUUGGCGACCAGUUCCUCAACGCCCUCAAGGUGGAGUCCCUGGGAGCCGGCAUCAAGCUCGAGUACAAGGACAUCACGCACCAGUCGCUGACCAGCGCCAUGGACGCCCUCCUCAACGAUCCGAGGUACCGCGAGCGCGCCAAACACCUGUCGCAGCUGUUCCGGGACCGCCCCCGGCCGCCGCUGGAGGAGGCGGUGUACUGGGUGGAGUACGUCAUCAGGCACCAGGGGGCGCCGCACUUGAGGUCCGCCGCGCUGGACCUGGCCUGGUACCAGUACCUGCUCAUAGAUGUCGCCGCCUUCGUGAUAGCGGCUGCGUCGGCUGUUUCCGUCUUAACGUACUUGGUAGUGCGCAGGAUUUUGAGGCUCUUCAACAUCAAAAAGAGCUCAAAUCACGCGAGGAAGAUGGAAAAGAAGAUGAAGUGGCUGUGCCGCAGGCGACUUUUAGGAAUGGAGCGCAUCACAUUUAAGGAUUACAUUGAGAGCGGCGCGGUGUACGUGUCAUUCGGCAGCUUGAUCCCGUUCCACACGCUGCCGCUGGACAAGAUGCGCGCCAUCCUGGAGGCGCUGUCCACCCUGGAGCAGCGCGUGCUGCUGCGCUGCGACGCCUCCCAGCUGCCGGCCGGUGUGCGGCUGCCUGGCAACGUGCGGGCCAGCAGGUGGCUGCCCCAGGUCGACAUACUGGGCAGAGGAACAGAAGAGGCGCCGCCAGCCCACCACGCGUACCUGGGCACCAACCUAGGACGUAGCAAUGAGUCGGCGGGUGGACAGCGGCAGGAGGCGCUGAGCGCGGACGGUGCAUAG